AACACCCUAUCUCAACUCAGAGCCUAAGUCUCCGGUGUUUCAUGUUUUCAACUAUUCUCACAUCUCUUCUAUGGCUCUGCAGCUGAGAAAACUUGGUCUCUAGCCUUCAAUGUUAACCAUUGAAUCCAUAUAUCUUUUUCACUACUUGCAGAGCCAUUAAAUGCGCGGUCCACACAAAUAGAGCCUUAAAUUUUCUUCAGCAUCUCUGGUAGGACGGCAUACGUAGCUCUCAAAGUUCCCCCAAACACUUCAAAAAUCCAUGUGCUCUAUGGACAAGGAUGCUUGUGAUUUCCAAGAGCAGCUUGACAUUGAGAACAACAGUCGAGCUGUUAGGACUCAUUGGGUGCUGAACGCUCCUGACCCACCAGGUUUAGGCCAUGAGCUCGUGGGCACAAUUAAGAAGACUGUUUUUCCUCGUAGAAACAAGUCAUCUUCUUCAUUCAGUCAGAAACUUGGAUCCCGAUACGCUGUGUCACUCUUGCAGGGCCUAUUUCCAAUCCUUGAAUGGGUUCGGAAUUACAAGGCAACUAAGUUCAGGAAUGAUUUGAUGGCAGGUUUAACUCUAGCAAGCCUCAGCAUUCCACAGAGUAUUGGAUAUGCUAAUUUAGCAAGGCUUGAUCCUCAGUAUGGGCUCUAUACAAGUGUUCUCCCGCCUCUUAUUUACGCUCUUAUGGGGAGUUCAAGAGAGAUAGCCAUUGGACCUGUGGCAGUGGUUUCCUUGCUAAUUUCAUCCAUGAUUCCGAAACUAGUAGAUCCCGUGUCUGAUCCCAUUGCUUACAGAGACCUUGUUUUCACUUCAACUUUCUUUGCUGGUGUCUUUCAAGCAGUGUUUGGAUUGUUCAGGUUGGGUUUUCUUGUGGAUUUCCUCUCACAUGCUGCCUCUGUUGGGUUCAUGGGAGGUGCUGCAAUUGUCAUAGGUCUGCAACAGUUGAAGGGACUACUAGGAAUCAAUCAUUUCACAGACAAAACUGAUGUCAUCUCUGUUGCAGAAGCUGUGUGGCGAUCUAUCCAUCAUCCAUGGUCCCCCCUCAACGCUGCGCUUGGGUGUUCAUUCCUGAUUUUCAUCCUAAUGGCCAGAUUCCUGGGCAAAAGGAACAAGAAACUCUUCUGGUUACCAUCUAUUUCUCUUCUCCUCUCUGUUAUAUUAUCCACUCUUAUAGUCUUUCUGACGAGAGCAGAUAAGCAUGGAAUCAAGAUACUAAAACACAUAAAAGGAGGCAUCAAUCCAAGUUCAGCUAAGCACUUACAGCUCAAUGGCCCAAAUGUCGGAGCAGCUGCCAAAACUGGGUUGAUUUCUGCAAUUGUAGCUCUCGCGGAAGGCAUUGCUAUUGGGAGAUCAUUUGCAUCCAUUAGAGGGUACCAUCUUGAUGGGAACAAGGAAAUGGCUGCCAUGGGCUUCAUGAACAUUGCAGGCUCCUUGACUUCAUGCUAUGUAGCAACAGGUUCAUUCUCGCGCACUGCUGUUAAUUUCAGCGCGGGCUGUGAAACAGGGGUGUCAAAUAUCGUCAUGGCAGCCACAGUAUUUCUAUCACUGCAACUGUUUACUAGGCUCUUAUAUUACACUCCUACUGCCAUCCUUGCUUCAAUUAUUUUGUCCGCGCUUCCUGGACUCAUCGACUUCAAUGAAGCUUACAAUAUCUGGAAGAUCGACAAACUAGACUUCCUUGCUUGCAUUGGAGCUUUCUUUGGAGUGUUGUUCGUAUCAGUGGAGAUCGGUCUUCUUGCUGCGGUAACCAUAUCCAUUGGGAGGAUCUUACUGAAUGCCAUUAGACCAGGCACGGAGGUUCUCGGAAAGCUUCCUGGAACUGAUGUUUUCUGCAGUACCAAUCAGUAUCCUAUGGCUGUCAAGACUUCAGGCAUCUUGAUAAUCCGCAUUCAUUCUGCCUUCCUUUGUUUUGUCAAUGCCAAUUCCAUCAAAGAAAGAAUAAUGUUGUGGGUGAAUAAGGAAGGGCAAGGAGAAGAAGAAGAUAAAAAGGCCAAAUCGAGGACUCAAGUAUUAAUCCUUGAUUUGUCUGACUUGAUGAAUAUCGAUACAUCGGGAAUCCUUGCAUUAGAAGAGCUUCACAACAAGUUGGUUUCCCUGGGUAUACAGUUAGCAAUUACCAACCCAUGGUGGUACGUGAUUCACAAACUAAAGUCGGCCAACUUUGUCAACAAAAUUGGAGCAACGUCGGUCUUCCUCACCACCGUCGAAGCCGUGGAUGCAUGCGUUACCUCUAAGAUGGUCAAUCCUUAAUUAUUUGGAGCGCUCCAAAUAGUUAUGUAUUUGGUGGUUUGUGUGUAUGUAUGUAUGUAUGCAAGGAGUAUCUGCAUUGUAAUUUGUGUGUGAUUGUGUGUGUAAAGCUUAAUUUAUAUAUAUGUUAUGUAUUUGGUGGUAAUUGUAUGGAUAAUCACAUGUGUCAUAUAAUUAAGUUGAAAUAUAAUACCACCCAAUGCUCUUUUGUUGGGUGUUCUGUUUUGUCUCAA